CCUCUGCCAAACCUCUCAUUCCACAAAACCCUUAAGACUUAGACCCAUUUUCUCAUUCCACUCCUCCUUGCUUCUCUCUCUCUUUCAACACAAAACACAAAUGGCGAUUCUUGUACCCUUCUAGACUCAGUACCACAGCAACACUUGCAGUUUCUUCAACAUAUAGGCAAGGAGUCAAGCACCUCCCUAACAGAAAGAUUAAAAAAGAAAUUAACAGUUCCAAGAAGUACGCAGUUCUAGAUAUUUUUCUGAUUUAUCUAGUGAAUGGUAAUUUCUAUUUCAAUAUUUGGCAUUACAUAUGUUUUUUCCUUGGGACUUUUAUUGAUGUUGAUACAGUUAGGUAGGAAAGUUGUGACUUUUCUAGUUAUCAUUGAAUCUUGUUAAAUUAGUGCCAUUUUCUGUUGGAUUCUAUAGUAGAAUGCAAGCUUGACAUGUCUGCUUUAGUACAAAUAUGUUCUAAUAGAUUAAAUUUACUUUUUAAAAAACAGCUAGAUAAUAGACAACUUUAAUUACAACAAAUAAUCGUGUUUGUCAUCAUGUAAGUUCUAACACAUGUUUAUUCUUUGUGUUAAAGUGUACAAUAUGAAUAAUUCUAAUCGUGAGUGGAUGUAUGCUAGAGUAUUGGAAGAUGGAUUCAUAAAUCCUAGAUUUAUUAUAGGGGUUGAGGAGUUUGUUGCAUUUGCUAAAAGACAUCCAGAAUGCAUGGAUGGUGAAAAGCUAAGAUGUCCUUGUAAUCAUCGUAAGUGUCGAAAUAAAAAUAUAUUGGAUGAGUUUACAAUUAUGACACAUCUUGGAACGUACGGCUUUAAACCGAAUUAUUAUCGUUGGUAUCACCAUGGAGAAAGUUAUAUGCCACAUCCAACUGUACUUAAUGAUCAUCAACUAUAAACUCUCAAUCUCAUAAUGUAUUUCAGUCUAUGGUUUUUGAUGUUGGUGGGCCUUUUUUUGAUGGUAAUAUAGAAGAGGAACCAAAUCCAACCAUGCAAAAUCUUUAUAAUAUGCUCAAAGCAUCAGAACAGGAAAUUUGGCCGGGAAACCCACACGGACAUUCGCAGUUGUCUGUCGUUGCUCGGCUUUUGAAUCUAAAGGCAGAACAUCAUUUUUCUGAAAAGUUGUAUGAUGAGUUAUGUCAAUUUAUAUCAGAACUAAUUCCAAGUGAUAACAUAAUGCCAGAUAGCUUUUAUAGUACCAAAAAGCUAAUGCGAGGGUUGGGCUUACCAGUAGAGAAGAUCGACUGUUGCAAAAAUGGUUGUAUGAUUUAUUGGCGUGAAGAUAGCGAACUUGUCAAUUGCAAGUUUUGUGCCCACCCUCGGUUCAAGAGAUCAAAAUAUCAACAAUCCAAGGAGAAAACUAAUAUUUCUUAUAAGAAGAUGUAUUAUUUUCCUUUAACUCCGCGUCUACAAAGGUUGAAACAGAUGGUGUCAUGCGUCAUCCCUCAGACUCUCCUGCUUGGAAGCAUUUUGACCAAACACAUCCAAGUUUUGCAUCUGAAGUGAGAAAUGUCAGAUUGGGAUUGUCCACUGAUGGGUUUAAUCCAUUUGGUCAAUCAGGCCAACAAUAUUCUUCUUAGCCUGUCAUAGUCACGCCAUAUAAUUUGCCACCUUGGAUGUUCAUGAAGGAUGAAUACAUAUUCUUAUCUGUGAUUAUACCUGGUCCAAAAAAUCCAAAACAGAAAAUUGAUGUCUUCUUACAACCCCUCAUUGAAGAGUUAAAAAUUUUUUGGGAGGAGGGGGCACAAACAUAUGAUAUUUCAAGUAAGAAUAAUUUUAAAAUGCAAGUUGCAUUGAUGUGGACAAUAAGUGAUUUUCCAGCGCAUUCAAUGUUGUCGGGAUGGAGUACAACGGGAAAAUUAGCUUGUCCUUAUUGCAUGACAGACUCAUAUGCUUUUACACUAUCCAAUGGUGGAAAGACCUCGUGGUUUGACAAUCACAGAAAAUUCUUACCAUCAGGUCAUCCGUGGUGAAGGAACAAAAGGUGAUUCAAGAAGGGUCAAGCAGUACAUAAGGUUGUAUGUACUGAACAAUCGGGUUUACAAAUAUUUAGGGAGAUUGAGGAUUUGGGGCUCAAGAAAGUCACAGAACUUGGUUCUGAAGCGAUAAAUGCAAGAAUCGCAAAGAAUAGUUUAUGUGGUUGGAAGAAAAGAAGUAUAUUUUGGGACUUGACUUACUGGAAAACAAAUCUUAUUAGGCAUAACCUUGAUGUGAUGUACAUCGAGAAAAACGUGUUUGAUAAUAUUUUUAACACGGUGAUGAAUGUCAAAGGGAAAACAAAAGACAAUGCCAAAUCUAUAGCAGAUUUGAAAAUAUUUUGUCAUCGUCCAGAGUUGCAUCAAGAUGAAAGUAGCAAAAAGUAUCCUAAAGCUUGUUAUAUGUUAGAAAAGAAUGCAAAAGAAGUGCUUUGUAAGUGGUUGCAAGAGUUGAGAUUUCCCAAUGGUUAUGUGUCUAACAUGGGUAGAUGUGUAGACAUGAACAAGCUUAAACUCUUUGGUAUGAAGAGUCAUGAUUGCCAUGUGUUUAUGCAACUCCUAAUAUCCAUUGCAUUUCGAGAACUACUUCCACGAAAUGUAUGGCAACCAUUGACGGAGUUGAGUCUUUUCUUUAAAGAUCUCACCGCUACUGCAUUAACAGAGGAACACAUGGCACAGUUAGAAAAAGAUAUUCCUCACACCUCGUGUAAGCUUGAGCGUAUUUUUCCUCCGAGCUUCUGGGAUCCUAUGGAACACCUUCCUAUCCAUUUAGCUUACGAAGCACGUUUAGCUAGCCCAGUUCAGGGCCGAUGGAUGUUUCCAUAUGAGAGGUAUCUCCUUAAGUUGAAGAACAAAGUAAAAAAUAAGAAUAAAGUUGAAGGUUCUAUAUGCAAUGCAUAUUUGGUUGAAGAAGCAUCAUCCUUUUGUGCGCACUACUUUAAGUCACAUGUGUCGACAAGGCAUAGGAAAGUGCCACGAAAUUCGGAUGAUUGUAGGGUUGGAGGUGACAAAUAUCCCGAAAUGCUUUCUAUUUUCAAGCAUGCUGGACGAUCUUUUGGAAAGAAGAAACCAAGGAGGUUAGAUGAUAAAGAAUAUCAUGCGGCUCGUACAUAUGUUUUGUUGAAUUGUGAUGAAGUGAAACCAUAUAUAAGGCAUAUGAUCCUUCAUCGGGCAUUGGCAAUCAAAUCAUAAAAGAUCUUGCAGAAGGGCCGUUAUAUAAGGUUAUGUCUUUUAAUAGAUAUGUUGUAAAUGGUUAUUAAUUUCACACUGAAAGAUAUGGUUCAAAGAGAUCUACGAUGAACAGUGGUGUAUGCAUCAAGGGCUCUAGCCACAGUGCAGAUGAUAUUGAUUAUUACGGUCGGUUGACAGAGAUUUUACAGUUAAUGUAUCAUGCAUUACCAAUCAAACGAACCGUGUUAUUUUAAAUGUUCUUGGUUUGAUCCAAUACCAAAAUAUGGUACUCGAGUACAUGCACAAUAUAAUCUUGUUGAUGUUUACAAAAGAAGGACCUUUAAUAAAUAUGAACCAUUUAUUAUGGCAGUGCAAGCUACUCAGGCGUAUCUUGAAACUUAUCCUACUCUAAAGAGGACAACAGAUGAAUGGUUAGCUGUUUGUAAUAUAAAGGCACGAUCUGUUCUGGAGAUUUCAGAAAAAGCAGAACAACCUAUUGAUUUAGCUUUUCAAGAGGAUGACAUUCAAGUGCAUGCAAUUGAUAUUUCUGUAGAUGAAAC